ACAAAACGUCAUCGAUUAGCUGCUAGCAAAACAUGCUUCUUUAAUUGUCCUGUCCUUCAAUCAAUAGCGGAAUUUCUCCCACACAAAUUAGGUGAAAUGACUUUCCAGUGUCAGCGGGAUUGUUAUAUGAAAGAGUUUGUCACAACUGUAUUAUCCUGUUGUCCUGGCGAGCUCAAGCAGGAAAUAGGUGGAAAGAAAGAAACUGUGAAGGGAUUCACUGUCAAGCUGAAGGACACCAUUUUAUUUCCUGAGGGUGGUGGCCAGCCAGAUGACCACGGGCUGAUUGCUGACAUCCCAGUAUUGAGAGUGACUAGACAGGGCCAAGAUGCCGCACACUUUGUGGGCUCACCCCUGGAGGUGGGUCAGGAGGUGCAAGUGAAGGUAGAUUGGCAGAGGAGGUUCGACCACAUGCAGCAACACUCAGGACAGCAUUUGAUCUCAGCAUUGGCUGAAAGCAUGUUUGGAUAUGUGACAACAUCUUGGGAACUUGGGCGUCAGAGAAGCAACAUUGAACUGGACACCCCGGCUGUUAAACCAGGCCAAGUGCAGGCACUGGAGGAAGCUGCCAAUGAGAAGAUCAGAGCUCACAUCCCAGUUAAUGUUAAGCUACUUUAUGGUGACAGCCCUGAGCUGGAAAAGGUGAGGAGCAAAGAGCUGCCCGACGACCACGCGUGGCCAAUUCGAAUAAUUGAUAUCGAGGGAGUCGACGCCAACAUGUGUUGUGGAACGCAUGUGUCGAACCUCAGUCACUUACAGGUUAUUAAACUGCUGGGGACAGAGAAAGGAAAGAAAAACAAAACUAACCUGAUUUUCCUGGUGGGAAACAGGGUGUUGAAAUAUGCAGAGAAAAGCUACUGUACUGAGCGCUCUUUGGUGGCUCUUCUAAAAACUGGGCCUGAUGAGCAUGUUGAGGCAGUGGACAAAUUGCAGAAAUCAAUGAAGCUUGUGCAGAAAACAAACCUGACCCUGCUUCGAGAUAUGGCCGUCAUCAUCACUCAAAACUUUAAAAAUGACCCAAAUCGCGGCAACUUCUUCAGCUUGCACAAGAAAGAAGGCGACAAUGAAUUCAUGAAUAUUAUUGUUAAUGAAAUGAACACAGAGGAAACUUUAGUUUUCCUUACUGUAGGAGAGGAAAAGGGGCCUGGUAUGUUUCUGCUAGCUGGACCCAGCGAGCAAGUGACAGCGAUGGGACCACGGUUAUUGGAGCUGCUUCAAGGGAAAGGAGCAGGAAAAAAUGGACGUUUCCAAGGCAAAGCCAACAGCCUGGCACGUAGAAGCGAGGUGGAAGCUUUAUUACAACAACACUGCAAUCGUCAUACCUCAAAGGAACAAUAACUCCAGCCAUGACUUAAUUCUUAGUUUAUUAUUAACAAUCAUAAUACAAAGGGAAAACAAUACAUUUCAGAAGAUAUGUUUAAAAUGUUUUGUUUGCUGCUCAUUCAGUCAAGCUAAUUUAUCAAUGUAUAAAAUCAUACUUCCAAUUUAAAAAUUGAAUAAAUUAUGCCAUUUUUUUGUUUUUUUAAAUCCAAAACAUUGUAAUCAGUGUCGUGCUUUUAAUGUGAAGAAUAGAGCCAUUAUAAAAGGCAACCAGUGUUUGUGUAGAAAAGCGUCACCAAUCCUGUUUAAUCCCACUUUUGUGUGACUGAAUGUCUAAAUAGUGCAAAUAAGCAAGCACCCCUUACCAUUCAUAACCUUUUGCCCAAACUAAAGAUUGGAGGAAAAAAAAAAAAAAAAAAAAUUUAACAUUCCUCUGACCCUUUUGACAGUCUUGGGUUGACUGAAACUUGAUUGCUGGACAUUAUUUUAAUGGCUUCACAAUCUUCAUUGAGAUAUAGUUCUGUAAAAGAAAAAAAUAUAUAUAAUUUUAUCAUUUAACAUCACUCAAAGCAAUCUCAUAGUUCUCAAGGAAUUGCACUAUUAACACUAUAGGCCUGAUAAUACUCACUGGUAGCGAAUACAAUAAGAUGGCAAGGAAGAGAAUCACAAUAGUAAGAAUGAUGACUGCAAUGAAGAGACACCGGAACCUUCUCCACACGAUGAAUUUCAUGGUCUUGCACGGGUUGGUGAACCAAAAGAAUGAGGUUUCGGGGCGCCUGUUGGUUAUACACAUGUGGAUUUACAAAUAACGAAAGAAUUCAAGAAUG